AUGCGAGGGGCUUUCGCAGAAGACGUAUCUAAACACCAUCUCUGUAAAAUUCGCUUUAUUUUAAUCCAAAACCGAGCUGGCAAAACUCGCCUCGCCAAAUGGUACAUGAACUUUGACGACGAUGAGAAGCAAAAGCUGAUUGAAGAAGUUCACGCCGUGGUUACGGUACGAGAUGCAAAGCACACUAAUUUUGUGGAGUUCCGUAACUUCAAAAUUGUCUAUCGGCGUUAUGCAGGUCUUUAUUUUUGCAUCUGCGUCGAUGUGAGCGACAAUAAUCUUGUCUACCUUGAAGCAAUUCAUAAUUUUGUCGAAGUUUUAAACGAGUACUUUCACAAUGUUUGUGAGCUCGAUUUGGUGUUCAAUUUUUACAAGGUUUACUCGGUAGUUGAUGAGAUGUUUCUCGCCGGCGAGAUACGAGAGACCAGCCAAACAAAGGUUUUAAAGCAGUUGCUAGUCUACAACUCAUUAGAGUAA